CCUCGGCUCUUAGGCGGCAGUUCGUCCUUUUUUUUUCUGACGUCUACGCCAUGUUUGCCGCUCAUCUCGCGUCUGUGGCUCCGCGCUCAGUGUAUGCCUUCUCUGCUCGCCCGCUAGCCGGCGGGGAGCUCGUGAGCCUGGGCUCCCUGCGGGGCAAGGUGUUGCUCAUCGAGAAUGUGGCGUCGCUCUGAGGCACAACGGUCCGGGACUACACCCAGAUGAACGAGCUGCAGGGGCGCCUUGGGCCCCGCGGCCUGGUCGUGCUCGGCUUCCCAUGCAACCAGUUCGGGCAUCAGGAGAAUGCCAAGAACGAAGAGAUCCUGAAUUCGCUCAAGUACGUCAGACCCGGCGGCGGGUUCGAGCCCAACUUCACGCUCUUCGAGAAGUGCGAGGUGAAUGGGGCACAAGCGCACCCGCUCUUCGCCUUCCUGCGGGAGGCUCUGCCAGCGCCCAGUGACGACACGACUGCGCUCAUGACCGACCCCAAGUUCAUCACCUGGUCUCCAGUGUGCCGCAACGACGUCGCCUGGAACUUCGAGAAGUUCCUGGUGGGCCCGGACGGUGUGCCUGUGCGCAGGUACAGCCGCCGCUUUCCGACAAUUGACAUCGAGCCCGACAUUGAAGCCCUGCUGACCCAGGGGUCCAGCUGUGCCUAGGGCGCCCCCUCUACUCCUGCUGCUUGGCAGUCACAGUGCUGUCCUCCGGGGAUUUCAUCCAUGACGGUGUUUCCUUUAAACCUGCAUGAGGAACGCCUGAUGUCCAGGAAAAUCCUCUGAGAUGGGCGACUGUCCUGUGUAUCCCAGCCUGCUCUCUCAGACUACGACUUCUCACUAAUAAAGUGCCAGGUGUCAACAGAA